AUGUUGAUGGCCUGUAUGGCCGCCUCGGCUGCUCCACAGCUGCUCGGAGAAGCGCGCUUCUCGCGCCUCUUGAUGGUGAGUGGAUCGCGCCGCCAACAGCGCUAGCCUCGGCUCACGGUGUAGCCCACUUCGCUCUGCAGCUUCGUGGAUGCUCGUUUAGCUGUCUGGUAUCGGAUUUUCGCAAGCUUCACCCGCCCGACGGCUCGCCCAAGCUUUCUUCCAACGACGGGCUGCAUUUCGACUUGGAUGCACCAUCGCCAGACCGCUCAAUGUCCAUGCAACGAGCAAUGCGCAACGAGCAUGGAGUCUGGACCGUCCCUUUGCCCAACGGCAAGAGCACCAACGUCCACCCGUCUCAAAUCGCUGGCAUCCUGUUGCAUCCCGACCGCGUCUUUCCCGACUACAAGCAUCCCAGCACCGGACCGCUCUAUAAGCACGGCGAGCUCCUCCCCAUCGAUCACGGCGAUGGCUCGUGGACAGCUUUUCAGCACGACAAGACGCCUUACAAAGUGUCCAAGAAGCGUUUAGAGAGAGCGCUAAGAUUACAUCCAUGGGCGCAGCGCGUGACUUCACGGCGCGUCUCGCCGCCGAGACUCGAUGGGCAUGGCUUGAAUGGGCAUUGA